AUGGGCAUCAUCGACACAACCAAAGACUUGUCGGCCCUUUUCCGAGACCAGGUCAAGAAAAGUCCCGAUGCUGCUGCUCUAGAGGAUGACAAGUCGCACUAUACUUACGCCGAGCUCGAUAAGAAGGUCGAGACUCUCUCUCAACAAUUGCGGCGACAUGGUGUGGGACGUGAUAGUCUGGUGGGUGUCCUGUUGCCACGCAGUGCCGACUAUGUGAUUGCCUGUCUGGCGGCCUUGCGGGCAGGAGGCGCCUUUUUGGUGCUUGAGAUGGCCUAUCCGCCAGGGCUGCUAGCCGAUGUGAUUGACGAUGCCAGCCCUGCCGUUGUGGUUACGUAUAGGGCUGAGGUCGGCAAAAUCAAGGAGGGCAUACCGCUGAUUACGCUGGAUGACGAGAACUCGAACCAAACAGACGGUGUGGUCGAUGAUUCAAAGCUGCCGCCGUUACCUGCAGAGGAUGAUCUGGAACGGCUAGCCUUUGUGUCAUACUCGUCAGGAACCACCGGUAAGCCCAAGGGAAUCGCCAAUCCUCACAGGGCUCCCGUCCUGUCAUAUAACCUCCGGUUCGGUGUUCGGAAUGUCAAUCCAGGAGAUCGUGUGGCUUGCAAUGUCUUUUUCAUCUGGGAAAUGCUGCGUCCGCUGCUGAGAGGAGCCACGGUCUUUGCCGUCCCUGAUGAGGCUAGUUACGAUCCAGUCGCCCUCGUGGACUUGCUUUCAUCGAAACAUAUCACCGAGACCCUCAUGACACCAACGCUUCUUGCCACCGUUCUGGCGCGCCACUCAAAUCUUGGUUCUCGGCUGUCGGAUUUGCGCACAUUAUGGCUGAAUGGCGAAGUGGUGACGGCUGACCUCGCCCGUCGAGCCAUCAAGGCGAUGCCUAAUGUCCGUUUGUUCAAUUGCUACAGUGCCUGCGAGACCCACGAGAUUGCAUGCGGUGAUAUUGCGGAAAUGCUGAACGAUGAGUCUGUGUACUGCCCUGUGGGUCCGCCAAUGGACCCCAAGCACACCUACAUCCUUGAUGAGGGUGGACAGAGGGUGGAAGCUGGGGUUAGCGGAGAACUUUUCGUGGGCGGUGCUCUCCUGGCUCGAGGAUAUCUUAACCUUCCUGAGACCACCGCCAAGGCAUUCACUCCGGAUCCUUUUGAUUCCACACCCGGGGCACGCAUGUAUAAGACGGGAGACCUCGCACGGUUGCUGCCUUCCGGACUUCUUAAGAUCACAGGGCGUGUCGCGGGAAUGAUCAAGCUUCGCGGUUAUUCCGUUGUUCCAGGCAAGGUGGAAAAUGCCAUUAUCAAACACCUGGCCGUCCGUCACUGUGCGGUGGUAGCCCAUGGCGAGGGCCUUGAGAGGCAGUUGGUGGCGUACAUUGUUCGAGACAAGGACCAUUCCUCGCCUGACCGACCGGUUGUUGAAAUAGAUGAGUCCGGUUAUAGUCCUGCGUCACGACGGACGCUCUCACCUCAUUUGGCCCAUUACAUGAUCCCAGCAUUGUGGGUAGAGCUGGAUGAGCUGCCCACGCACCAGGUUUCCGGCAAGGUCGAUCUCAAGCGUCUGCCACCGCCUCCCACUCCCAAGAAAGUGGUCACCAAUGGACACAAAAUUGAGCAAGACCCCAUCACCAUCGACGCCAUCGCCGAAAUCUGGGCUGCGACCCUGAAGACAUCUCGGGAUGUCAUCACUCCAGAACACAACUUUUUCGAUCUUGGUGGGCACUCAUUGUCACUUGCAGAUCUUGCUUCAAGGCUUUCCAGAAACUUCGGCUUCCGUAUUCCCCUUGCCCGUCUUGUGGACCCUCCCACGCUCAACGGUCAUCUAGAGACUGUACGAGCGGUACGAGACGGCCAUACCGCGGAGGUCCAGGCCGAUCUGCCAGCGGUGUUGCGAAAGGAUUCGAUUCUGGACGACGACAUCCGACCAUCUAGUACCGCCAUUCGUGCUGUCAAGGAUGCUGACACAGUACUGCUGACGGGUGUCACCGGCUUCCUGGGCGCCUUUUUGCUCAAUGACCUGCUGGAAAGCACAUCGGCUCAGAUCAUUUGUCUUGUACGAUUCAGCGAUCCUUCGGAAGAAGACCGGCCUGGCGGUAUAGCACGGAUCCGAAGGAACCUCCUGGAUCUAGGCCUGUGGCGGGACUCCAUCAUGGAACGUGUCGAGAUCCUGCCCGGAAAUCUGUCCCGGAAACGACUAGGUCUUUCGCCAGAAGCUUUCGACGAACUAGCAUCCCGGGUUCAAGUCAUUGUACAUGCUGCGGCCACGGUUAACCUGGUUUACCCAUACGCUGCCCUACGAGGUGCAAAUGUAGGGGGUACACGGGAGAUUCUGCGGCUCGCCUGCCGCGGCGGAGCGACAGUUCAAUAUGUGUCCACAAACGGUGUGCUGCCACCUUCGCAGGAGGGCUGGCCCGAAGAUACCAUGCUUGAUGUGGAAGAAGUGCCCACAAAGCUGCUCGACGGUUAUGGUCAGACUAAAUGGGUGGCUGAACAGCUCGUGCUCGAGGCCGGCCGUCGUGGGCUCCCCGUCAAGAUACACCGAGCAGGCACCAUCAGCGGUCACAGCACUACAGGUGCUGCAAAUGCCUGGGAUCUUCUGUCGGCAUUGAUAGUGGAAUCCAUUCAUCUAGGCUAUCACCCCGACGUGGAAGGUUGGCGUGCUGAGAUGACUCCAGUUGACUUUGUCAGCAAGGCGAUCGUGCAUCUUGCCAACCAGACACAUGCGGAACAAUUUGUCUUCCAUCUGGGCGACCCCGACCCUGUGGACUGCCGCAAGGUUUUCCAAGAUCUCGAAACGCUGGGAUAUUCAACCAAGCCACUGGACUGGGACAAAUGGGUGGCUCUCUGGAAUGAGAAGAGAGGUUCCGCCAAAGGUGGUGAUGGUGGAUUCACGGUCGACAUUCUCCGCAGCGGCAUGCCUACUGUCGACUUCCUUCGGGGCAUUGUUGUUCUGAACAACGCCAAAACACGUCCUUUCCGAGCUGUGGUAGAACGGCCCAAGGUUGACACUGUGCUGCUGGAAACAUACACACGUCAUUGGUUUGCUCGAGGAUGGCUUCCACAUCCUCCUGUUCACCAUGACUCUCCCGGCGGCUCCGCGCAACCGAUCCGGAGAGGGCCCCUCAGCGGUCGUGUGGCUGUGGUGACAGGAGCAUCUUCGGGCAUCGGUGCCGCGGUGGCGACUGCUUUGGCACGCGAAGGUUGUCAUGUGGCCCUUGCUGCCCGACGACUCGACGCGCUCGAAGCCGUCAAGCGCAGACUGGUGGUACGAGAAGGUAAAGUCAUUGUACGCCAGACCGAUGUGACGGAUAGAGAGCAGGUGAAAGCGCUUAUGCGCGCUGCGACCAACGAACUGGGACCCGUGGACAUACUGGUCUCGUGCGCUGGUGUCAUGUACUUCACCAUGAUGGCCAAUGUACAGGUUGACGAGUGGGACCGCACCGUCGACGUGAACUGCAAAGGUUUGCUCAAUUGUCUGGCCGCCACCGUGCCGUCCAUGGUGUCGCGAGGCAGCGGGCACAUUGUGGCCAUCUCCUCUGAUGCCGGGCGUAAGGUCUUUCCCGGAUUGGGCGUCUAUUCUGCCAGCAAGUUCUUUGUCGAGGCUACCUUGCAGAGCUUGCGCCUCGAGACUGCCAGUACUGGGCUACGCGUUACCAGCGUGCAGCCGGGCAACGUGGCCACUGAUCUGUUGGGAAUGUCGACAGAUAUCGAAGCCAUCAAGAAAUAUGGCGAGCCGUCGGGUGCCCAAAUCCUUGAUCCAGAAGAUAUUGCCAACUCCAUUGUGUAUGCCUUGAAGCAGCCACCGCAUGUGUCGGUGAAUGAAGUGUUGAUCGAGCCAAGAGAGGAACCAAUUUAA